AUGGCUCCGUCCGCCACUAUCGACACCGCCCCCGCUGUCGGCGGUACAGCCGUCGUACCUAAGGAGGCAUCGCACUCCAAGCAUGGCCACGAGCUUCAGAACAAGACGCCUUUGCAGGCCAUGUCCCAUGGCGAUGUUGUCCUGGCCGGUAUCCCCAAGUUCCCUGACUUCGCCUCCCAACGGCAGUGGCAGCUUGAACACAUGGCUGCCGCGUUUCGCCACUGGUCCCGCGAGGGCUAUGUCGAGGGUAUGAGCGGUCACAUCUCUGUGCGAGACCCCGAGAUCCACGACGCCUUCUGGACCAACCCCCUUGGCAAGCACUUCGGUCUGCUCAAGGCGAGCGAUAUGAUUCUUGUCAAUCUCGACGGCGCCGUCAUCGGCGGCAACCGCACGAAGCCCCCCAACACGGCCGGAUUCCUCAUCCAUGCUGCCGUCCACAAGGCCCGUCCUGAUGUUCACGCCGUGUGUCACUGCCACAGCAUGUAUGGCAAGGCUUGGUCCGUCUUUGGACGCCGUCUAGAGAUGCUCACCCAGGAUGCCUGCAAGUUCCGUGGUGAUGCCCACUCUGUCUACAACAGCUAUGGCGGCGUCGUUCUCGGCCCAGAGGAGGGAGAGAUGAUUGCGGAGGCCCUUGGUCCCAAGGGCAAGGCAUGCAUCCUGCGUAACCAUGGACUGUUGACUGUUGGUCAAACUGUUGAUGAGGCGGCGUUCCUCUACACCUCCAUGGAACGCCAAUGUCGGGUGCAGCUGCUCGCCGAGGCGGCUGCGGCCAAUGGACUGCCUAAGGUCCUUGUAACCGACGAGGAGGCGCAGUUCAAUUUCGACGUCGAGAGCGAUCCUGAGAUCUGCUAUUGCGAAUUCCAAGUUUAUUACGACCUGGAAGACGAGCUUUCCGGCGGCGCUUUCAAGAAUUAG